CAGAUAGCGAGGCUCCUUUCAGCGCCACAGCGCGGGCAGCUGAGGCUCUAUGUGUGGGAGGGACUUACGGAGAGCUCCCCUCGGUGCAGCCUGCCGCCACAGCAUCGAGCAGGGAGAGAAUCUAUUCAAAGCAUAUUCACUGAUAAGGCUCUUUUAUCUGUCCCCGUUAUGUGCUCUGGCCCGCUUUAAAGUGUCUACGAAGAGAGGAAGGCGGAAGCGAUGCUGAAGUAGCGCGGGAUGCUGUGGAGUGAAAACAUCGUGGGAGGAAGGCUCAGAGUGAACCAGCGGGUGGUGAAACACGAAUGGCUUCUCCCGCUGAUGAGAGAGGCAAACUGCCCGAUUCUCCCAAAGUCCUUGACCGGGUAUCCAGCACGCUGCAAGUCCGCAAGUCGGGCGGAUCAACAGGAGGAGCGCACCCAGGGGAGGUCGGCUGUAACCCGGCCCGCAGCUGCCAUGGCCGGUGUCAUUCAGCGCCAAGGACGGCGCCGCGCAAGGGAGGCGCAGAGGUUAAACUCGGUCACCUCGGCGAGGAGAAAGUCCGGGUUUGUUGCGACGAGGAAUUAGAGACAUCUUUCACGUAUAUUGAUGAGAAUGUCAACCUGCGACUGGCCAGCCCGGAGACUAGUUGUAAAAGUACUCACAGACCCGUGCGCAACGGCGAGCCUUGCUCCGAGACUAUACCAGAGUUUUCCUUUAUGUCCGAGGACGAUCUCUCUUUCGGGGAGGGCCCCGGGACUUCUAUAGACUAUGGCUUUAUCAGUGCUGUCACCUUCUUGGUGACCGGGAUCUCCUUGGUGAUCAUCUCCUACGCCGUGCCUCGGGAUGUGGUGGUGGACCGUGACAGCGUGUCGGCGAGGGAGAUGGAGAGGCUGGAGAUGGAGAGCGCCCGGAUAGGCGCCCACCUGGAUCGGUGCGUCAUAGCGGGACUGUGCCUGCUCACGCUGGGCGGCGUGGUGCUCUCCACGCUGCUGAUGAUCUCCAUGUGGAAGGGAGAGAUGUACAGGAGGAAGGUCAUCGCUUAUUCUAAGCGUUCAGCCAAACUGUAUGGCUCUAUCAGCCUGAAAACUAGAUCCAGUCCCAGCCACUCUUCAGUGCAUCUGUCCCUGGAGGAGGACGUAGAGGAAACUUUGGCUUAAAAUGCUGCUCUGUGUACAAACCUUUUGUGUAUAAAAGGAAUUAAUGCCAUUCACACCCUUACUAACAUAUUGUAGCCUAAAACUGUAUUCAUACAUUCAAAGUGUGAGUCUGAAACACAUUUGUCUUAUGCUGUAAAAAUAGCUUGAAUGCUGUAUUGUAGGCCUAUAUCCACGUGGCAAACAGAAAGGACAAGAAAACCACUCAAAUGCAAAUUGAGGAAUUGCCUGAUAAACAUUAUGUGGUAUCAAAUAGUUCCCAAAUGAUUUCAAAUGCUACCGAACCAUAAAAGUGACCCAAGAGAAUAAGAGCUUUUUGUGUCAUA